AUGUAUCGUCACAGUGUACACACAUACACACUUUUUUUUCCUUGUGCGCUUACACUCACAGGUUUAAUGAUGCGUUUGGUUGCCUGCAGUCUGUGUGGGACGGUGCGCCGUCACGCGUCUAACCAUUAUGUGGGCCCAACAUUGUUGCGGAUACGUCAUAUGGCGCCGCUGAAUGGGGGUAUACGCAGUAACAGAAGUCGAGCAGUGGCCUCUUGCGUAACUGACACUUCAUUUCCGUGUGAACCGCAGUCACAACGGAUUGUUAUUUCCCCUAGGGAUGGUACCAAAGGGGGAUACUCAUCUCAUGCCUCUGUAGUCACUUCGUAUAACCACUCCAACAAACAGAAAAGGGAGGUUUCACUCACGCCAUCCGAGCUUGGUUUUUCGCAAUGUAACGUAAAUUAUUCGUGGGAGACUGUGGUCGCACAUCCUCUCGAAGUUAGGCUUGCAUCACGGCGCAAUGAGUCGCUUUUGCAGCGUUUGCACUUAUUUGGGAUGCCUGCAGGGUAUCCUGAUUCGUGUGGAGAGGGGUUUAGACGGUAUUUUCUUCUUUCCCUGUGUAGCAGCUUUGUAUCGAGUUUUGCUUCAUCAAUUGGAUAUCAGUCGAUUCUUAAUGGAUUUUUACUUGCAUCUUCACCACAACUAUGGAUGCUGAAAGAUCUUGCCCCCGCCCUAGCCGCUGCGUAUUUGGCAAAUCGCGUCAUAUCGUACGAAAACAGGCCGAAGUUUUGGUUUGUUUUUUCUGUAGCGCUGCACAAUCUCUCCGUCAUAGCUGAGAUGAUUAUUCCGACAACAGUACCAAAUCAUCUGCUUGCAGCCGCAAUCCUAACCUCGUGUGUGCGGCAGUCGGCGUCGCUUAUGUUUUUGGUGACGAGAGCCUCCGCUCUGCAACACUUCGCCAUCAGUAACAACCUGGCGGAACUCACGAAGAAGUUCAACUCUUUUGGAAUGGUUAUCUACACCGUCUCAACGGCACUGGGAAUUGCAUACACAUCUUUAGUACCAUCGGUGACGGCCCAACUUGCUACGGUGCUUAUGUGCUGUGGUGCAAAUUUAGCGAUUUCUCAUUUGUCCAUGUGUAAUAUAGCCUUUCGCAUAUUGAAUGAAACUACCCUCUCCGUGAUCCUUCGCUUCUACAUGCGAGAGGAGGGUCACCAGAGGGGACGUGUAUUAUCGCCACGGGAGGUAAGUGAUGCCAUUGGACUCCGGAUGAUAGACAGAGGGAGAUCCGAUGGUAACGACCGCAUAGGGCUUCUCUACGUAAAUCCACCAAUCGGAAAGAUCCGCAUUCGGUACUCUUCUCUCGAUGAAGAUGUUGUGUACUUGUGUUCCUCAGAAAUGUUUCUUUUUGCCCUUUGGGAGCCUUCUGCCCCCCUAUCACUUCUGGACCGCUGGCAUCGAUGGGAAAAACCACAGCUGACACAACGAAUCAGUAAGUGGUUUUUCUCAAAGAAGAAAAAUGUUCCUACAUCUGAAGUGUUGGGCAAGCGGUUGGUGCUUUUCGUCCAUCAGGAGUGCGAUUCAUUGCAUCUGCUGACUGCGUACCUUCUUGCGUACACUGCACUGCUACAACAUGCCGAUGAUUUAGCGGAACUUCGUCGUUUCCUUCGUUCCUGCAACGGGGAACAGUCGCUUUGGUUGAAGCGAGGAGGCGAAUUGAGGAAGUCUCUUCAAGCGGUUGGUUGGGACGUCGAGCAAUUGUCGCUGGACCCACUUAACUUUCGUCUCUCUAGUCUUAGCUUCGCUGCGCAACCGCGGUGUAUGCGACAUUUAAACCCCCUUAAUUAA